AUGGACGACUGGGUGGCGCCUAAUGAUACCUACGCCGGUUCCCUGCAGUAUCCCCAUACUGAGGAUCAACGUGGGGUAGAUGCGCCUUCAACGGGGUCAUGGCCGGUCGAGGAGGAUAUGUUUUUCGACUGGGACGCAUUAUACGGCAUACAGGAUCCAAAUAGUUCAACCUCCCAGGCGGACAAGACAUCGUGGCCGACAUUCGACUUUCUACACCCCACUGAGCCAUCAUUAACUCCGCUAUCAGGCGGGGAGCAUGUCUUCAAUGAACCAGAUAUCACCAACAAACCUGAAGUCCUCAGCCAGGCACAAUCUGUGAAUGCACCUAUUGUGCCUUCUAAUUUCAAUGAUGUCGCUGAGUGGUUAGAUGGGGCUUACCAUCCGCCGAACCCGUGCGACAACUGCCGCAGACAUCGCUUUCAAUGUCUGAUCUUGCGACGCGCACCUGAUAAUCCGAACCCGGUGCCCUCGUGCUCCAGCUGUGUUGGACUAUUCCGACCAUGCAGCUUUUCCCGACGCGGAGAGAAGCGUCAACCGUGUGGGUUCGAGACGUUGUCUCCAGUUCUAGGCCAUCUCCACGGCGUCAUUGAGGAAGGGGACGAAGGUGAAGACGGCCAGCGCAGACUCGACGCGAAAGAAACGAAGCAAUUUGUCCGCAAAGGAGCGCGUGUAUUACGGGAAUGGUUCUAUCAGAACGAGCACUGCCCGUAUCCGUCAGAAGAGGAAAAGGCUCGCCUCGCGCAGGAAACGGGUUUUUCGAGACAGAGAAUAUCAACGUGGUUUGCCAAUGCGCGGCGACGGCAUAAGCAGCAGCGGCAGGUUGGGUCAUCGACUCGCCUGUACCGUGCUGGAUCGCCUAUGCCGACGAGUGAUGUGGCAGUGGCUUCUAUGACUCCGAUGGAGCGUUGGCAGGCGUCGCCGCCUGAUGAGGAGCCUGUGCCUGAGGAUGUGAUUCGGGAAGCUCUAGCUUCUACAUCUACGACCUCAGAUGCGUCUCGUCCGCAGAGCCAGGUGGGUACACCGUCCACCGACCCCUCGUCUAUUUGCGAAGGGUCCUCACUUGCCUCGUCACUAUCAAGCUUUGGUAUUCCGCCAUCCGAUGCGUCUGAUAGUAGCUCGUCCGCGUGGAGUUUCCAAUCAGGAGAUGGGCCACUCCGCUCACGACCAUAUCACCGACGGCCAUCAUCUGGACGAAGAGGGGGUCGGAGACGAGUUGCAGAAGAUGGCCAUUACCAGUGCACGUUCUGCACGCAGUCAUUCAAGAAGAAGCACGACUGGUCGAGACACGAGAAGAGCGUCCACCUCCCACUGGAUGUCUGGAUCUGCACGCCGAACCUCAGCGAACUAGAAGAUGGGAAUAUACCCUUUGCAGAUUGUAGAUUCUGCGAUCACCAAUCUCCGACCCAAACGCACUGGGAGAGCCACGACUUCCGCGAAUGCGCUACCAAACCUCUCCCUGAGCGGUCCUUCAGUCGCAAGGACUAUCUCUGGCAGCAUCUGCGCAAGUUCCAUGGAUGCACGCGAUAUCCAGUCUCAAACCUCGAUGCCUGGAGGUCCUCGCAGCAAGAAAUCCUGAGCCGUUGCGGGUUUUGUUCGGUGUCGUUACCUAGCUGGGCGGCACGAGCGGACCAUUUGGCGACGCAUUUUAAAGACGGCUGUCGGAUGUCGCAAUGGGUUGGUGACUGGGGAUUUGACGCGACAGUUCUUGCGAGUCUACGGAAUGCAGUUCUACCGAUCCAACGCGGUGUGCUGGAUAUGGCAGCGACUUGA